UCCAUCUCACAGUUGGGAGCUAUGACACACAGACAACGGACGCAGCUUCCAAAGGCCAGAGGAAUCACAUUCAAGCCAGCAAUUCUUGAGGAAUCUUAAGGAAACAGAGAACAUGUCUCCAUUUUACAUUCCAACUGUUGGCUUUUUACUGCUCAUAAGUUUGGCGCUCACAAGUGCACAUCCACUACAAAGUACAGCCUUGACCAGAGAAGACCUGGAUGUCUUGAAGCUUCUGCUUAGCCAGUUGGAAGAAUCAGUUCCUUCUCAAACACUGGAACCAGAAAUAGAAGAAACAGGAGUUAAGGAAGAGGAAGUACCUCUGCCUGAGUUGCUUGCGAGGGACUUCCUCUCUGCUCGGGACCUGAAGACGGUUCGCCAAGACUCCAGCAGCUCCAAGAAGUUCUCAGGUUGUUUCGGCAGCCGCCUGGACCGGAUCGGCUCCAUGUCCACUCUGGGCUGCAACACUGUUAAACGCCAGAGACAGCAGAGAAAAUGACGUCUUAAGCAGAACUGCUAUGUCUUUGCUUGCGAUGACACCAGAUUGAUUUAAAAUGUGCAUUUAUUUAUCAGAAUAUUUAUUGAUCUGUCUAGAUACAAAUUUAUAUUUAUAUGCAUUCUUUACUUAUGCUCAAUAGUCAGUUGUAUAUAU